UUUUCCUCAUUAACUGGAAUAAAACAAUACCUUAAACAUCCAUUACUAAAUCUCAAGGUACUAAUUUAUAUUGUAUGUUUUCCAGCUAUAAUUCUGACGUCAUAUUUCUGGGGCUGGCUGGCUGACACGCAGGGUCGCAGGCCGGUGAUGUUGUUCUCCAUGAUCAUAUCAGCUGUGUUCUCUGUAUUCGCCAGCUUCUCGCCUGACAUCAUUUCCUUUGGUGUCUUGCAGUUUAUUUCGGCUAUAUUCAUGGCUGGCUCAUCGGCCGUGGUGUACACAUAUCUGGGAGAGUUCAACAAUCUCCGACACAGGGACAAGAUGGUCGCCUUCGGGUCUUCCCUUUGUGGGCAUCGGGACUGUCAUAUUGCCUUGUGUAUCUGGUUGAAUAUUCCUCCUCAAGAGUUCGCGUUUUCCCAUAAGUUUCCUGGACAUCUACUACCGUCCCUGGAGGCUGCUCAUCGUGGCCUGCGCUAUUCCCUUCGCACUGGCCUCUGGCAUCCUUCUCUUUGCUCGGAGAGUCCCAAGUUCUUGUUCGCUAUAUGGAACUCCAUGAAGGAGCAGACCAUUCCGCUGUUCAAAAUGCCACUAGUACCUUGGACUCUGCUUACUUGCUUUGUGCAGUUCGGAAUUUUCGCUACGACCAACGGUUUCUACGUGUGGUUCCCGAGUAUCCUCAACUCUUUGGCGAACCACGACGGUGGCGAGACCAAGAUCUGUGAUGUUCUAGAUGCUAGCAAAGCUGCAGCUGCCAAUGGCACUGAUGUAAUCUGCGAUGACACAAUGAACACUGCAACCUUCGAGCGGUCUAUCUACAUCGGGCUGGUGUUCUGCUCCAUGUACAUCAUCGUGGGCUUCCUCGUCGACUUCGUGGGGAAGAAGCUGAUCCUCCUGACCAUCCUCAGUGUUACUGGCCUCUGUGGUAUCUGCGCCCAUCUGGCCUACAACCAACAACUAGCGGUGGUGUUGUUCGCGGUCUUCCAGAUGUCCGGAGCCUGUAUCGGUCUCAUGAAUGCUGUCGCUGUCGAACUGUUUCCUACUAAGUUUAGGGCUAUGGCGAUAUGUUUGUCAAUGAUGAUGGGUAGAGUUGGCUCCAUGGUUGGAUCCAACUUGAUCGGUAUGUUCUUGGAGACCAACUGCGGCGCGGGAUUCUAUCUGUUCGGUGGUAUUCUUAUUGUGAAUGCAAUCUGCUGUCUCACAUUACCCGCGAAGAAAACAAUUCAACCAUCAAAAAUGAUCAACGUGGAGUCAACGCAGAACCAAACCCACGAACCUGUAUGAACGAACCCAACAAUCCAACGGCAGAACGACAAAUAAUAGAAGCGAUUCAGAGGUCGAUAGAAUAAAGAAUUUACUAAAAAAAAUAUGUUCACGUGUAGAAGCCAAAGAUUGACAGCCAUAGCCGAGUUAACCACAAUAAAUCUUGCAGAAGAUGACUUUCACAAGCGAUUUUUACAAUGUAAACGCGGCAAGCUGACUCCUGCAAAUUUUGAAGCUUGCAGGACUUGCGGCGAGUUGUGUGUAGAAAUAUAGCAAUAUUUCUGCUAUUGUAAACGUAUUUGGAAGUUCUUGCGCAAAAUAUUGCUAUGAGAACUUAUUUGUAACGUAGCUUCAUGCAGAAUUAUAAAGAAAUAAAUUGUCGUUGUAUUUAAUAUAUUAGAUGAAAGGCAUGAACUGAGUGUAAAGGAAACGGUCCAAAAACUAACACAAGUGCUAAUGAUUCUUAGAUAUGAUGACGUUACAAAGAAAAUAGCAAAAAAAA